AAAAAAGGCUGCCACAAAUACCAAAAAAGAAGAAAUCCAAGAAACAGCCAACCAAGAAACUGAAACUACUCCACAAACCAAAGAAUAGAGCCUGUUCUUUGUUAAGACAAAGAUUUCAACGGCUAUGGCCACUCACUUUUACUGUUGUUCUCCAAUUCCAGCGAAACCCACCUCCACAACAAUCUCAAAAAAGUCCGCUUUGUUACCUAAUCCUCGUAUCUCAACCACUAGGCAUCAUAAUAACCUCGUAUCAACAUCAUCAUCUUCUUCUUCUUCUUCAGUUUUUACUCUUCGAGCUUCAAUUUCACCAGCUGCUACUUCCGUUGCAGUCGAUGGACCCACCACCUCCACCAAACCUUCCAAGUCUUUGCCGUUUAGAGUGGGCCAUGGCUUCGAUCUUCAUCGGUUGGAGCCUGGCUACCCUUUGAUCAUUGGUGGGAUUGAUAUUCCUCAUGAUAGAGGCUGUGAGGCUCAUUCUGAUGGAGAUGUGCUGCUUCAUUGUGUUGUGGAUGCAAUACUGGGAGCUUUAGGGCUUCCUGAUAUAGGGCAGAUAUUUCCUGACUCUGAUCCCAAGUGGAAAGGAGCUCCAUCUUCUGUCUUUAUCAAAGAAGCUGUGAGACUCAUGCAUGAGGCAGGUUAUGAGAUUGGAAACUUGGAUGCCACCUUAAUUCUUCAAAGACCAAAACUGAGCCCACACAAGGAGGCUAUCAAAGCCAACUUGUCUGAGCUGCUAGGAGCCGACCUGUCUGUUGUCAAUCUCAAGGCAAAGACUCACGAGAAGGUUGACAGCCUUGGUGAAAAUCGAAGUAUUGCAGCUCAUACUGUGGUCCUGCUGAUGAAGAAGUGAAUAUAAAUCUUGGAUAUGGGUCUCAAAGUAUGGCAAUUUCAUACCGUGAGCAUUAUGUAUACUGUCAUAAAUAUGAUAUUGAUGGGUGUGAGAGCUUAAUGUAUUUGGUUGGACCAGAAUGUUGAGUUCUCAACACUUCAUCUGAACAACUUGGACAAUGAUGGUUUAGGUUUUGAUGAGCUACAGUUUCCAAAUUGUUCAUUA